GUAAAACCGCGCUUCUUCCGGAACUCUAUCUGCCACAGCCCCUAACCACCUGGCUACAAGAAAAAGGUACAAGAUUCUCGCGAGCGUCGGACGAUAACUCGAGCGGUGCGCUUCUCUGACGUAUUUCCGGGACGCCGGAGUAGAGGAAAACUGCAGUGCGUGCUGGGGAAGCAGGAGCUGGGAAGAUGGUGGUCACUAGGUCGGCGAGGUCUCGGGCCUUGAUCUCGAUCUCGGCCGCUGAAAGCUCGCCACAGAAGAAGUCUGCUGGAGAUGGAAUUACCAGGAGUAAAAUUGAAGAGCAUCCAGAAAGCAAGAAGGAAUCCCAGUCCCAUGUCCCUAGUACUGCUGAAUCACCUACUACCCAGAAACAAAGUCCAAUCCCUAGAACUUGUAAAACUGGAAAGAGGAAAAGCAGAACUGAGGCCUCCUUACCAGAGAUGAUUGUUGAACCAGCUACUGAUGGGGAGACCUCUGAAGCAGAGUCAAAUUGUUCUGUGUCUGAGCUCCAGGAUCACAUUUUAAGAGUAACUAGGAGAAGGCAGAUAUUAGUUCCACACACCCCUGUGUCCAGUGUUAGGAAAAGACUGAAAAUAACUCCCAUAAAUGAGUCACAUACUAAAGAAGUUUCUGAAGCAGAAUCUCAUAUUUCAGGUAUUUCUAGAAUUGUGCCUUGCACAGUAGUAACUACAAGAACCAGAAAGUAUAAGGCUAAAUUCAUAACAGAUCCAAGCCAAGAAUCACACACACAAGAUAUUUCUGAUGCUGAGUCUUCAUGCUCAGACAUUUCUCCAUUUUCAGGAAUUGCAACUGGGAGAACAACCAGGAGUAUGCAGGGGAAAUUAGAGGCACAGAUUGAGGAGAAAGAUUCUGAGAGUAUACCAGAAAAUGAAAAGCAAAUCACAGCUACACUUAUGAAUUCAGAGGAUUCAGAUACCAGACAAACUUCUCAGUUACUAGCAAAUUCUAUUGCUCAAAUAAACAAGACAGACUUCUGUAAAAAUGAAACUUACAAUGAUUUUGAUGAUGAUUCCUUCCAUGGAAAUUCAGAAAAAAUACUAACAGUGCAAAAACGUCCAAGUUUUAAUGUAAGUAAGGGCGAAAGGGCCAAUGUUACAGCUCUAAAAGAAAUAACAAAGCAGAAUUCUAAGAGUUUGGAUGAAGAAGCUAAAGGAAUAAUAGAUGAGGGAAAAGAAACUAAUCAGGAAAGUUCUCAGUUGAAGAGUCUGUCUGAACUUCAGGACACUGGACUUCAGCGUUUCGCCUCUCAAAGUCAUUCAACCCCCCGAACUAACAAAACCACAUCAGAGUCCGCAUAUCUGAACCAUGAGGCUAUAAUGAAAUCAUUAGCUCGAACAUUUGCAGUUGUGGAAGUAGACAGAUGGGAUGAAGAGAAAGAACACACCUUAAAAACAAGUGACUUGGUGCAGUGUGAUGAUGGUGGUAAUAGUGAUAAUGAGAGAGAAGACUGCACAGUUACAGGUGUUACCAAAGACAUAAACAAUGAAAAGAAUGCAGAUUAUGAAUAUAGUACAAAAUUAUACACAUCUCAGGAUAAGGAUGAUUCUGUUUUAUUAGUUCUCAGCAGUGAUGAAAGCCAGCACUCUGAAAACAGUGAGAACGAAGAGGACACCGUGUGUUUUCUUGAAAACGGUAGUCAAAGGGAGUCAUCGAAUAGCGACUCAGGAAAUAUGUCACGUGACAAUGCAUUGUUUGUAAUUGACACAACUCCUGGAUUGAGUGUUGAUAAAAAUUUUUACUUGGAAGAGGAAGAGAAGGCAAGUGAGGCUGCCAUUGAGAAAGAACAAGAAGAGCAGGAGGAAGAAGAGGAUGAAAAAAGUGAAGAAGAUCCAUCAGACUAUGACAUAAGUAAAAAUAAUGAGCUCAGUGAUGAAGAGGACAUACUGAAUAACACAAAAUCUAAACUUCUAAAGUUGACAAGCAGCAGCAUAGAUCCUGGUCUGAGUAUCAAGCAGUUGGGUGGUUUAUAUAUUAACUUCAAUGCAGACAAAAUAAAGUCUAACAAGAAAACCCCAACACAGAUCAAGGAGAAGAAGAAAAAUGAGCUUCUGCAGAAAACCAUCAUUACUCCUGAUUUUGAAAAAAAAGACUGUGUCCCACCAUAUAGUGAAUCCAAGUUUCAACUUCAGAAAAAACGCAGAAAAGAGCGACAAAAAACAGCAGGUGAUGGCUGGUUUGGUAUGAAAGCUCCAGAAUUGACAGAUCAACUUAAAAAUGAUCUCAAAGCACUGAAGAUGAGAGCCAGCAUGGACCCAAAAAGAUUUUAUAAGAAGAAUGAUAGAGACGGCUUCCCCAAGUAUUUCCAGAUUGGAACCAUUGUUGACAAUCCAGCUGACUUCUACCACUCACGAAUUCCCAAGAAGCAAAGGAAAAGAACUAUUGUGGAAGAACUGCUGGCUGAUUCUAAGUUCAGAAGGUAUAACCGAAGGAAGUAUUCAGAGAUCAUGGCUGAAAAAGCAGCAAAUGCAGCAGGAAAGAAAUUUCGAAAGAAGAAGAAAUUUCGCAACUAAGAUUCACCAAGCAAAUCAUGAUGUUUUACAUCUCCCUUUAUUUGCCAAAGAUGUUUUAAAAACUAACACCAUUACAUAAUUUAAAAUAGAUUGGCCCUGUUUGUAUAGGGAUUUCUGUUUGGAAAAAGUUCAUUUGAGAGAGAAUCACAUGUCUCCUGGGAUAAAAAUAGGUGAAUUUACAAGAGACUCACCUGGGCUUUAGAUAUUUAAGUGGAAAAAAGGAAAAGGAACAUUAAACAUUGUAAGAUAAUUAACAUUUUUGUAAAGUUUUCAAUUUUAAAGAAAAUUGAAUUAAAAGAUGUUUAGAAAGCAUAAAGUUUGCUAGCAUGUUCAAAGAACUUUAAAAAAAAUCAUAGCUAUAUAAGUAUCAUAAUUAAUGUAUGGCUUAUAGUAUGUGUGUUUCUUGAGGGGGUGGUUGUUGGAUAUGAAAUGCCCUCUAGUCAGCUGUGAAUUCAGAGCCAGAAAGUUGGUGAGUUUGAAAUUUAGAGAUUUGUGUCUCAUGAAAGUGAUAGUUGAAAGCAAAGGAAUGAUAAAAAGUAUUCUUGGAGCAUUAGAGAUCUGCUUCUCAUAAAAGUGACAGUUGAAAGCAAAGGAAUGAUAAAAAGUAUUCUUGAAGCAAAUACAUGUUAGCUAAAGACCAAAGGACUAAAUGAAGCUUGGGGAGUAUAAAUAGGACUUAAAAGAUAAAGAAAACCACCUAGAAAGUUUGGACAGAAGGUAGAAACAACAGCUGAAGAGCUGUUUUCCUUCCUUGGCAACUGUGAAACAGGAGAGCAAUUUGUUUUAUCCAGAUAAAAUGUUGUGUUCCAAGAAAAAUACAAUUAAAACAAUAUAAUUUUGACUUGGUCAGCUUGUCUCCAUGGAAUAAGGAUCCUGAUAAAGCUGCCUUUCUGGUACCCAAUGUGGGUAUUUGAUCAUUAAUGCUUCUUGUAAAAUCUCAUUUUUUAUAUAUACUGCUUGGGGUCACAAGCAACCUACAAAUAGCAGAACUGAUGACAUUUAUAGUUGGAAUUAGGGAAGCAUCUAUGUCUACUCUCCUUUUAUUUCAAGAAUAUGAUGUUUUUAUUUUCUACUGGGUAAAAUAAGACCAGUAUAAGAAUUAAAUAAAACAGUAAAAGUGACUGAGUUAAUUUACCCUUUAAACUUUUUUCUUCCAGAAGGAGACAAUGUCAGUAGAACAUUUCUUCAACUUUUGCUACUAUGGUGUGACAAUGCCCAAAGUUAUGAUUCAUUCAGUAUAAUACUUGCCUGUCUAGACAUUGAGAAGUGGUCCAGUUAUUAAGUCAUGAGAUAUGGGUUAGCUUCUUAACUACCAUUUGUCUUCUGGUUCAUGAAUGCAAAAACAGGUUGAAUUAUUCAGUUCUUCAAACCCUGCAGUUUUGACAAAGUUCGGCAAUUUAUUUUUGAGUGAACUAACAGUUGCCAAAGCAGUUUUUCUUAUAUUUAGAAGAAAUUUUUUUUUAAUGAUUUUAAUGUUAUAGUGCAUUUUAAAGGGAAAACACAAUUACUAACCUCUGAUCUUUUCCGCACAAAGCAUCAAUUAAAGCUUUCUGGAUUGGAAAGCAGUGAUGGGGAAAGAACAUUGAACCUAAAUUUUAUGUUCAGCUCUUGUCAAAUAAUCCACCUUAGACUUCACAGUAUGCCUUUCAAGUAUUUAUUUUUAGUUACAUUUUUACAUUCAUGCUUUUGGACUUCUGUCUCCACUGAAUAGUUUUUAAUUUUAUUUUGUUAAUCCUAUUUUGGUAAGCCACUGAAAUAACUUUUGGAACAAAAUACAAAGUUUUUAAUGUAUUUACCUCAUUUGGUAAAGUCAACUGAUACUAUUCAACUAAAAAGCACCUAAAGUCACCUGUAUUUACAUUUAUUAUAAGGAGCUAACAACCUCAAUAAUAAACAGUGGUAGUAUCUAUAGCUUUUUCAUUUCAAAUGUGAUCUUAAACUUAUUUUCAAAUCCUCAGCACUAAUAAACAAUAGUAUCUAAAAAUACAACUAUAAAGGUCAGAAGGUAGAAAAUUACCCAGAAAGAAGUCUUUAAAAAAUCUUCAGCUCAAUGCUCCUAGCCUUCUACAAAUAUCUGGAUAUUUGAAUAAUAGAUAAUUAUGUCUUUAGAAUGCUUUUUAAGCAAAGCAACUCAGUUGAGAAGUGGACUUGAGUGACUUUGGCCUGUGUCACUAACUUAGUUCACUUGCUGAACUUUUUAAAGCUUAGUGACUACCAGAAAAUACCUUUACUCAACUAAAAAGCAUUAUAAAGUGUACAAAGUGCUGAUAUAUUAGUGUGUGCUAGUGAAAGAAGAGCCUUAAAAUAAACUUUAGUCUUGAAAGAUU